GUUAGCCCACAUGUUUAAAAGACAUAGCAAACAGCAGAAAACAGGACCAGAAGCAAAGCGAGCAAAGAGUGGACACGAGAAAACCCCAAUGGGCUUUUGCUUACUUUGUUUUAGGCAAGGCAAACGCAAAUUUUGGCUUGCUAGAGGGAACAAGUCCCCUCUAGCAAACCAUUUAAAAACUCACAGCGACAAGGGCGAAAAGACCUUAGCAAAUGACGCUAUUAGAGAAGAUUCCCCUCUUGCUAAAUCUGCGCUACAGGCGUACAAAAUGCUUAAAUCGGCUAGUACAAGCCAAGUGCAACAAAAGUGUGGUGGCGACGGAAUGGGAGAACGGAUAGAAAUUAUGGAAGUCGAUGAAAGAGAGCUUGGUAAGGAUACGGCUGGACAUGCAACUGACGAACUUUCGUGCAAAAUCGUUUCUGGUGUCAGUGAAUCUGAAAGUUGGGAGGAAACCGAUGAAAAAGAUGAGAGGUUUGUUAGUGAAAUACGGCAUUUUUCUUGCAUUAUAGUAUCAGAUUUUACGACAUUUUGUCACGAUAUUUUGUGAAAUUUAUGCCAUAGUGGUUGAAAGUGUUGACUUUUUAGUU